AUGCCAGCAAUCUUACCGAUCCCCUACGAGAAUGUAGAUGAUGUGCUCCCGGUGGACCAUGAGGAGACAGAUUUUUUCCCAUAUGCUGACCGGAUUGUACUCAAACUAAAUAGAGAAAUUGAAGACGGUCGCAGCCAUAUAUGCUACUCCAACCCACAUAACGAUCAAGUUGGAUUUCAACGCUUCCAAUGUGACUCCAGGCACCCUCCGGCAGGGGAUCCCAAGCCUUUCAAUGGUUUCGACCAUCAUACCUUCGAUUUCAAACGACCUUCGUCUGCAAACCCGUACAAUUCUCCCUGGUCGCCUGGAGCUUUAUCUAGCUCUCCCUCGGGCAAGGUCAAGAUCCCUUUCAGAUGGUUCUACAAUUCCAUACAAUGGCUCCGUAGAUUUCUAGGAAUAGAUACAUUACCUGUACAUCAACCUUUGGUCUACCAAGUCUAUUGCGAUAGCUACAUACAUACCGGCAAUCUUUGGGACGUGUAUCGAGGAACCAUCAGAACCAUCGGUUCAAAUCUAGAUCAAUCGGUAUCCAAGAAAGUCGUGAUCAAGCUCACAAACCCCAAUGAGUUUCUGUUACAUACUCCGCAAACGCUGCCAUGGAACCCUUAUGAUCGAAACGCCUAUAAACACACCACAGAAUCAGCUCAGAAAGCCGUUUUGAAGGAAGAUUAUAUAUACCGUCAUGUACUGGUAUCUGAGCAAGGAUCAGUCGUACCAUUGUAUUUCGGUACUUUCGCUUGGUUCCCUGUUGGUCGUGCUAGUAACUCACCUAAAGUGAUCAUGCAAAUAUCAGAGGAUGUGGGUGAGCUGUUAUAUCCUGAUAAAUUACGAAUCUCACUGGAACCUGCCUUUAUCCGGCAAAAGAUUUACGAUCUGUACCAAGAGGCGAUCUACAAGAAUCACGCUCUGCAUGGAUCCGUCUUCACACGUCAUAUAAUGCAAAGACCAAACGGUCAGCUUGCUCUGGUAGAUUUUCAAAAUGCGAUUGGUCAUGCGAAUAAAAAACCCUUGGGUCAUGAAUAUUCCUAUCGGAUAGAAGAGGAAGAAGGAGAAUCAUCUUAUCUCCUUUUAUGGUACGAAUACGAGGAUGGGAAGGUCGUCGUGCUCUAG